CCAGAAAACCUGGUCCCGUGGGGUCCUUUUUCCGAAAUGGAAGACUCGAAGACGAGCGAAAAGAUUGACUCCUUACGCCGUUGACCCAUCUUCUAGCUCCAGCUGCAGUCUACGCUCUGCAGCAACCACCCAGUGGAAAGAAGAUAGCAGAGCCACCUAUAAUUCCGUCCGUCCAUCGUACCGCCGCAUACCCGGGCGAGAACGCCAGCCACAGUCCCACACUCCCACCCGGAUCCGUCCCCCAAAGCAAUGGCCGCUCCGCCGCGCAAGCGGGGGCUCACCUUCCGCACGGCGGCGCUCGCGCUCCUCGCCGUCCUCGCCGUCGCGCGAGGGCAGCAGCAGUACGAGGCCAACGCGCAGACCAACUGCUACGGCAGAAACGGCAGCUCCGUGCUCGGCUACACCUGCAACACCACCGCCGCGGCCGCCCCCUGCGCCACCUACGUCGUCUUCCGCUCCUCCCCGCCGUACUACGGCACGGCCGUCUCCAUCUCCUACCUCCUCGGCUCCGAUCCGGCCGCCGUCGCGGACGCCAACGGCGUUCCCACCGUCUCCCCGCUCGCCGACUUCCGCCUCGUGCUCGCGCCGGUCCCCUGCGGCUGCUCUCCGCGAGGCUACUACCAGCACAACUCCAGCCACACCAUCCAGUUCCGCGGCGAGACCUACUUCAUCAUCGCCAACAACACCUACCAGGGCCUCACCACCUGCCAGGCGCUCCUCGCGCAGAACCCCAGGCACGGCAGCCGCGACCUCGUCGCCGGGAACAACCUCACCGUGCCGAUCCGCUGCGCGUGCCCCUCGCCGGCACAGGCCGCCGCCGGGGUCAGGCACCUGCUCACCUACCUCGUCACGUGGGGCGACAGCGUCUCGGCCAUCGCGGACCGCUUCCGUAUCGACACCCAGGCUGUGCUCCAGGCCAACAACCUCACCGCUAGCGAGAUCAUAUUUCCCUUCACCACUCUGCUCAUCCCGCUCAAGAGCGCGCCCACGCCGGACAUGCUCGUGUCACGGGCGCCGCCGCCCGCACCGGCGCCACCGCAGGCACAGCAGCCGCGGGCGUCUGGCAGCGAGAAGUGGAUUGCCGUCGGGGUCGGUGUUGGUGUCGGCGUUCUUGCGCUGGCGGGCCUUCUUGGCCUGAUGCUGUUAUGUGUUCGCCGGCGGCGGCCCCGGCCAAGCGUUGGGGAAAGGGGCCGCGGGAGCAAGGUGGUUCUUGACGUGCCCUCGUCUGCGGAUUACGACGCUCUUGCCUCCGGCAAGCAUACAUCGGCAGCUACGAUGACCUCCUCAUCUUCAUCAGCGUUGGUGUCCAGCGACGCGCGCGCGGCGGUGGAGUCCCUGACCGUGUACAAGUACUCGGAACUCGAGAAGGCGACGGCAGGAUUCUCGGAGGAUCGGAGGGUCAAGAACGCGUCCGUGUACCGCGCGGAGAUCAACGGCGACGCGGCGGCCGUGAAGCGGGUGGCCGGCGAUGUGAGCGGCGAGGUGGGCAUCCUGAAGCGCGUGAACCACUCCAGCCUUGUCCGCCUCUCCGGUUUCUGCGUCCACCACGGCGACACCUACCUCGUCUUCGAGUUCGCCGAGAACGGCGCGCUCAGCGACUGGCUCCACGGCAGCGGCGCCACCCUCGUGUGGAAGCAGCGCGUGCAGGCGGCCUUCGACGUCGCCGACGGCCUCAACUACCUCCAUCACUACACCAACCCGCCGUGCGUGCACAAGAACCUCAAGAGCAGCAACGUCCUCCUCGACGACGACCUCCGCGCCAAGGUGUCAAGCUUCGCGCUAGCGCGGUCGGUCCCCAUGGGCGCCGACGGUGGCGACGCGCAGCUCACCCGCCACGUCGUGGGCACCCAGGGGUACCUGGCCCCAGAGUACCUGGAGCACGGCCUCAUCACACCCAAGCUCGACGUUUUCGCCUUCGGCGUCAUCCUCCUCGAGCUGCUGUCCGGGAAAGAGGCGACAUUCGACGGCGGCGACAAAAGGGGGGAGACGCUGCUGUGGGAGUCCGCGGAGGGGCUGGUCGUCGACGGCGAGGACGCGCGCGGCAAGGUGCGGGCGUUCAUAGACCCGCGGCUGAACGGCGACUACCCGCUGGACCUCGCGGUCACCGUGGCGUCGCUGGCGGUGCGGUGCAUGGCGAGGGAGCCCAGAGGGCGGCCCUCCAUGGAGGAGGUGUUCGUGACGCUGUCGGCGGUGUACAACUCCACGCUGGAUUGGGAUCCCUCGGAUUGCGGCAACUCUCGCUCUUCGAUCGUGGGGAGAUAAUACUGCAGAGCAAAAUCACUUGAUGCGUAAUCUGUUGGUGUAGCGAGAGUUAAGAACCAAAUGUACAGUAGCUUUUCCCCAUCCGUGUAACGACUUAUAAGUAAUGGAACUUUUUUUUAGGUAAA